AUGUUGACGGUAGACGAAUUUUUGAACACUACGGAAGAAUCGGCCUUUGAACACGGUUGUUCGGAGGUUAUCAAGGCUACAAUCAGUGUAGUAACAUCGGCAACAAUCCUGAAGAUAUUACCUGUUGUGGAACUUAUUCUUUCAUUAUACAUCAUACUACUCUCGCUUACAAUCAAACAAAAAACAUCACUGAAAUGGUACACAGUGAACAUGUUCACGACAUGCUUCGUAUACGGUGUCAACAACACUAUUUUUGCAUAUACGGAUUUUAUGCGCGAAAAAACUGUGGGGUAG